AUGAGAGAGUUAGUUUAUUAUCUGACCUGCGCGGUCUUGCUGUGCGGUGUUAACGGACGGGUUGUAAACUCCACGGAGUCUCCACAGAUACAACAAGCGUCCGACGGUUCAGCUCCUGGAAUCAGACCAGGCUCGUCGUCCGGUGUCCGCGGAGCGCGGAAGAAGAGGUUCAUCAGUCAGAGUGACAUGGUGGCCAUCCUGGACUAUCACAACCAGGUCAGAGCCAACGUGUUCCCGCCCGCUGCCAACAUGGAAUACAUGGUAUGGGACUAUGAUCUGGCCAGGACAGCUGAAGCCUGGGCUGCUACAUGUCUGUGGGAACAUGGACCAGCUUACCUGCUGCAGUUCUACGGACAGAACCUGUCUGUCAGAACCGGAAGGUAUCAGUCUAUCCUGCAGCUGGUCAAGCCUUGGUAUGAUGAAGUCAAUGACUACGUGUUUCCGUACCCCCGCUUCUGCAAUCCCAGCUGCCCGCUGCUCUGUUAUGGGCCCAUGUGUACACACUACACACAGAUGGUGUGGGCUUCCACCAACAGAGUGGGCUGUGCAGUGCAGACCUGCUACAACAUGUCAGUGUGGGGAGUUCUGUGGAGAGAAGCCACCUUCCUUGUCUGCAACUACUCACCUAAAGGAAACUGGAUCGGAGAGGCUCCAUACAGAGUGGGGAUUCCCUGCUCAGCCUGUCCAUCCAGUUACGGAGGCUCGUGCAGCAACAAUAUGUGCUUUCCAGCUGUUCAGUCCAACUACAUGUACUGGUUCAAGUAAGGAGUAAGGAUAAUGGUGGUUAUGGUUCUACUGCCUGUAACUGGACAAUCAAAUAUUGAAAAGACUAUCCGUUUGACUUGCAGGCAACUGCUCUGAAAAUAAUAUCAUGAUGUAUAGAAUGGAGUUCAAAAUGUAGUAAACUACAUUUCUUAAAUAGCAGUCAGGGCUUGUUGAAGGGAGUACAUUCAGAGAUUUUUAAUGUCUGGAUAUGCAUUUUACAGUCGAGGAAAAUAAUGUUUUUUGCCAUUGGAGCCAUGGAGGGAAAAUGUUGCUAACAGGCAAGACUGUAGAUACUCAGAGAAACUCUGAAGAAUUUUUGAGCCAUCACUUAAAAAAACAAGCUAACUAAACUUGCUAGCCACAAAAGUAUAUCAUGUUCACUUACAGAAAGCACUCUAUAGAGGCAUACGCAUGUUUUGAUGCCUUUAUAUGCUGUUUUGUAAUUAACCAUGUGUAUGUUUUAUUCCUCAUGAACUGUGACAUUAAAAACUAACUGGGGACAUGAGCCUAUGAGGAUGGGAGCAUAAAGAAAGUCUUAUUUUCUCUAUUAUGACUUAAUUUUGCAUCCAUUAUUAGUAAAAUUACUUUGA